AAGGCACAAUUGAUAGCGGAACUGCCAGGCUAAAUAACAGGGCUAGUUCCUUGUUCAAACAACUGAACUGUCCACCAUUAAAGGUGGAGUUUCAUUUAUAUUCCUUACUGUUUUUCUGCUAUUUCAGGUUAGCCACUGUAGCAUAGAGAGGGGGAACUUACAUUCUUGGGUUUCCUUGGAAUUGGCUGGGAUUUUGACUCAUGCAGCACUAAUAUAGAUUAGUGAAGGAAGAUCUGCUUACAGGAGAGACAAUAUGGGGUCUGAUGAGGCCUACAACUUUGUUUUCAAAGUGGUUCUUAUUGGAGAAUCUGGUGUUGGCAAGAGCAACUUGCUGUCACGGUUCACCAAGAAUGAGUUUAGUCUUGACAGCCGGACGACCAUCGGAGUGGAGUUCAGCACAAGAACUGUGCAACUAAACGAUCUCACCAUCAAAGCCCAGAUCUGGGACACUGCUGGACUGGAGCGGUACCGGGCCAUUACUUCUGCAUAUUAUCGAGGAGCGGUUGGAGCUCUACUAGUCUAUGACAUUUCAAAGCACUUGACAUAUGAAAGUAUUGAGCGCUGGCUGAAGGAGCUCUACGAUCACGCAGAUCCUCAUAUCGUAGUGAUGCUUGUGGGCAACAAAACGGACCUGGCAGCAGUACGAACUGUUCCAACAGAGGACGCCAAGGACUAUGCAGAAAAGAAUGAUCUUCUGUUCAUGGAAACCUCUGCUUUGGAGUCAUUAAACGUCGAGGCAGCGUUCAACACUGUGCUUACAGAAAUCCAUAAAAAGGUGAGCAGCAAAGAAGUGACCCGAGGCUCUAUCAAUGCUGUGACAUUAUCUCAGCCUAAAGCUCCAGCUGAAGAUGCUCAGGAGGAAAAGAAGGCCUGCUGUAAGAACCUGUGAAAGAACAUAUCGAAUAGAAGGACUUUAUGAGGGUCCUUAUGGAGUUGUGAAUUCAGCUUGAACACAGAGUUAUUAUUGAGAAAGAACGAGUAUGAUAAAAAACAAAAGGAAAUCCAUUUCAUUGACUGACAGCCAUAUUUGUAUUGUUAAAUAUUAUGUAACAAUUAAAAGGCAUUUUAAUUUCUGUCCGGUCUGA